CCUUUCUCCCACGAAGCGCUGGGUUCCGCCUCCGUCGGGCGGCUGAAGGGAAGGAGGUGCUUGGGUCGCUUUCAUCGACCGACCGCCUGCUUGCCCAAAUGCACGCGUGUAAGACGGGAGUUGAGGACGUGGUUCACACGUAGUGGUGUUUUUCCAGGACGGGGAGAAUGAAGCGAUUCAUUUCAAAAAUCUGAGGAAAGCUUGGCUGCUUGGGAAUUCGUUCACAACCAAUGUAUAUUGGUGAUAAUAGAUGAAUAUUGAAAUGGAGGGGGCACCAAGGCAGAAGAAAUAACGAAAUCUGAAUGCCGCUGUCCUGUUUGAAGCUGAUUACACGGCCUUUUUUGCAAGCACCAUCCUUGAUUGUUCAGCCUUUGCGCUUCGUCAUGGAUCUGAAAGACCUUGUUACUUCCUUAAACGAUUUUGCUUCACUUUCCCUGGCUGAAAGUUGGGAUAAUGUGGGGCUCUUGGUUGAGCCAAGUCCUCCUCAUAUUGUCAAUACCCUUUUUCUCACCAAUGAUUUAACUGAGGAUGUGAUGCAGGAAGCCCUAGAGAAGAAAGCAAACCUCAUUCUUUCUUAUCAUCCACCCCUUUUCCACCCACUGAAACGUAUAACAUGGAAAACAUGGAAGGAGCGUCUGGUAAUCCGAGCCUUGGAAAAUAGAGUUGGCAUUUAUUCUCCUCACACAACAUAUGAUGCUAUACCUAAUGGAGUCAAUGACUGGCUUGCUACAGGACUGGGCGCUUGCACUUCUGUUCCUCUGAAACCAGCUACAGCUUCCACUUACCCUGUAGGUGGGCCUUUCCGGGUUGAAUUCAGGGUAUCCUCUGCUGAAAGUCUGGAAACGGUUUUAUCCCAAGUCCAUGCAGUACCAGAGGUGUCACUCAUCACAACUCAACCUGCCAGGAUUGAAGGAGAAGAACAAACACGUGUCAGCCUGAACUGUUCUCGGCUAGCUUUGUUGCAAGUGGUGGCCUUGCUUUCCCAGAAGAGCCUGCUAUAUCAAACGACUGAAAUCAUAUCACUAGAGAAGCCUCUGCUUGCCAAUACUGGAAUGGGACGUUUAUGCACAUUGCACGAACCGGCCUCUGUUUCUCUCUUGAUUGAACGAUUGAAAAGUCACUUAAAAUUGUCUCAUAUUCGUCUAGCUCUUGGAGCAGGGAAAUCACUGGAGUCCUCAGUGAAGGUGGUUGCUCUUUGUGCUGGUUCAGGAGCAAGUAUUUUACAAGAUACAGAAAGUGAUCUCUAUGUUACUGGAGAGAUGUCCCACCAUGAAGUACUUGGUGCUGUUUCCAGAGGGAUCUCUGUGAUUUUGUGUGAGCAUAGUAACACUGAACGAGGCUUUCUGUUAAAACUGCAACAAAUAUUGGCUGUGCAUUUUAUGAAUAAGAUCAAUAUCAUCGUUUCUAAAAGAGAUAGAGACCCCCUUCAAGUCACGUAAAAGAAGCAAACUUUGAGAAAGAAUGUAAGUGUAUAUAUCCUUCAGACUUAUAUUGGCAAAAAUAUGCUUUGAUUCCUAAAAUGUUAACGAUAAUAAAAUGUUAACAAAAUAAAUAAAUGAGUGGUUGAAAAAAGCAAAA